UAUUUCCUAAUGUUAGUGGAAUGUGUGUGAUUGGUUAGAAUUCCCUUUGACUCCUUUCUCUGCUUGAUCUGGUUGACUGAGUGUCUUUGGGUUAGCGGAGACACCCAUUGCAUUUCAUCGAACACCCUCUCUUCGUCUUCAUUCUGUGUGUCCAGAUCCAACAAAGAUAAGCAGCAUAUGAAGAAAUGAAGCGCUUGGUGCUUUGCAAUAUCAUUAUCGCCUUCAUUCUCUUCAUCUCCCUUAAGACAACUGCAGCUGCCGGUGACAGCACCAUCGCUUUAGGCCAGGCCAUCUCUGGGAACCAGACGCUGGUUUCAAAGGGAGGCCACUUUGAGCUUGGCUUCUUCCAUCCAGGUAACUCCAGUAACUACUACAUAGGCAUCUGGUUCAAAAACAUCCCAACACAUGACGUUGUUUGGGUGGCCAACCGGCAAAACCCAAUCUCAAAUCCUUCUAUUUCACUUCUGAAACUUUCCAAUAAUGGUAACUUAGUCCUGCUCAACCAAUCCGGAUCCCCAGUUUGGUCAUCCAAUAUUUCCACUGUAUCCACCUCAAACUCCACCUUUGCAGAGCUCCUAGACAAUGGUAAUCUUGUCAUAAGGAACAGCUCCAAUCCCUCCACCCCAAUCUGGCAAACUUUUGAGCACCCGAGUCACGCAUGGAUGCCUGGAGCCCCACUUGGAGUGAACAAACAAACUGGGGAGUUCCAGACUAUCACUUCAUGGAAGAGCUCAGAGGAUCCAUCUCCUGGCCUGUUUAGUUUAAGCCUUGCUCUUGAUAGGUCCAGUCAGCUUGUUGAGUUAUAUAAUAGCUCUCUGAUUUAUGUUUCCACUGGGGUAUGGAAUGGUCAGUUCUUCAGCUCACUUCCUGAUGUGUUCAUAGAGAAGUUUAUAUAUAACUUCUCCUUUGUUGAAAAUGAGGAGCAAAAAUAUGCAGCGUUUACCCUCGUCGAUCCUUCAAUGAUAACUCACACAGUCAUGGAUCCUUCAGGGCAAGUGAAGCAGUUCUCAUAUCUCAGUGACAAAAAGCAAUGGAUGCUAAUCACUAGUCAGCCAUCUGCUUUGUGUGAUGUUUACUCUGCCUGUGGGGCUUUCGGUGUAUGUGACCGGAAAAGCUCUCCUGGCCGUUGCAGUUGUUUUGCUGGAUUUGAACCGGUGCUGAAGAUGGACUGGGAUUUGGGAGCUUGGUCUUCUGGAUGUUCCAGAAAAACCAGUUUCCAAUGCAAUGAUAAGAGCAACAAAAGCACUGGAGAUGGUUUUUUUGAGAUGAAGAUGGUGAAAAUGCCUUCCAAUCCACUAAAGUUGACUGCUGUUCAAAGUGCCGAGGAAUGUGAAAAAGCUUGCGGAAGACACUGUGCCUGCACUGCUUAUGCUUUUAAUGGCAAAUGCUCCAUUUGGAAUGGGCACCUUGAAAAUGUGGAACAACUCCAUGAUAGCGAUGGUGGUGAUGAUGAUGAUGAUGAUGAUGAUGAGUUCAAAGCAGGCUCUCUAUUCCUCCGGCUUGCUACUUCUGAUAUUCCACCAAGUACCAAUAAUGUCUCACCACCCAUUUUAAAGAGUUCAAAUGGCCAUGCAGCAACUGCAGUAAUUUCCAGUGUUGUUGCUGCUGUGCUAGUGAUUUCAUUUGCAAUAGUAGUGGGGUUUUUAUGGUUCCGUAGACGAAGAAGUGCUAGUAGGAUGGCAAAGCAAGUUCUUGGCUCUUUGAGCUCAUUCACAUACUCUGAUCUCCAACGAAUGACCAAAAACUUCUCAGAUAUACUAGGCAAAGGAGGGUUUGGCUCUGUUUUCAAAGGCGCACUUCCUGAUUCUACCAUCAUAGCAGUGAAGAAACUUGAAGGUUCGAGACAAGGAGAGAAGCAGUUCAGGACAGAGGUCAGCACACUGGGCUCAAUCCACCAUGUCAACCUGGUUCGCCUCAGAGGCUUCUGCUGUGAAGCCAACAACAGACUUCUUGUCUAUGACUACAUGCCUGGAGGUUCACUGGAUUCACAUCUCUCCAGAAGUACAAACGUUUUGGGCUGGAAAACCAGAUACCAAAUAAUCCUUGGGGUGGCCAGAGGUUUAGAUUAUCUUCAUGAGAAAUGCAGGGAGUGUAUCAUACAUUGUGAUAUCAAACCAGAGAACAUUCUUCUGGACAACGAGUUGAGACCCAUGGUUGCUGAUUUUGGCAUGGCCAAGCUCAUUGGCCAUGAUUUCAGUAGGGUCUUGACUACAGUGAGAGGCACCCUUGGCUACAUGGCACCUGAAUGGAUUUCAGGACUUCCUAUUACUGUGAAGGUGGAUGUUUACAGCUUUGGCAUGAUGCUUUUUGAGCUGAUUUCUGGUGAGAGGAACAAUAGUCCAGGGGAUGGAAGGGGUUAUUUUCCUUUCAGAGUUGCAAGUCAACUUGCUGAUGGUAAUGUAAUUGAUUUGUUGGACAAGAGGCUGCAGGGUGAAGUUGAUGAAGAGGAAUUGAAGAGGAUUUGUGGUGUUGCAUGUUGGUGCAUUCAAGACUCAGAUGCUGACCGACCAACAAUGGGUCAAGUAGUGCAAAUCUUAGAGGGAGUUUUGCUCGUUAACAUGCCUCCAUUUCCAAGGUUUCUUCAGCAUUUGAUGGAUGGUCAUGAUUCUAUGUAUGUAAAUAUGUCAUCUAUCUGACUGAGGAUCAGGAUAUUGACUUAUAGAGUUUGUAAACAAGGCUAACAAAAUGGUUUAGUCCUUGUAUUCGUUGUAUUUGUUGCGUGAUUGUGUGUUUUAUUAUUAUUACAGUUUUUUUUUUAAUAAGGUGGAUAAAUCACAAUUAUUACUGUUUAUUUAA